CCAAUCUCACCACACCCAGUCUUUAGAGUCCAAACAGACCAAAAAACCCAUCAUCUCAAACACAGUUUCUUUCAAAAAUUCUCAUAUUCUCAUCUUAAUUUCUAAAGUCCUAAAACCAAAACCAAAACCAAAACCAAAACCAAAAAAUGGCUGUUGGUUCUGCUGUUUCAUCCCCUCUUGGCCCUGCAGCCAGUGACAAAGACGCCAAGGCUCUCCAAUUCAUCGAAGAGACCACAAGAAACGCCGAUUUGGUUCAAGAGAGAGUCUUGGCUGAAAUCUUGGCCAGAAAUGCCAACACUGAGUACCUCAAAAGAUUCAACCUUAACGGUGCCACAGACCGUGACACUUUCAAAUCCAAGCUACCCAUGAUUACCUACGAGGAUCUUCAGCCUGAAAUCCAACGUAUUGCUAAUGGAGACCGCUCUCCUAUUCUCUCUGCUCACCCCAUCUCUGAGUUCCUCACCAGCUCUGGGACUUCAGCUGGGGAAAGAAAACUCAUGCCAACAAUUCAGGAAGAGUUGGAUCGUCGCCAGCUACUGUACAGCCUUCUCAUGCCAGUGAUGAACCUUUAUGUGCCGGGUUUGGACAAAGGAAAAGGCUUGUACUUCUUGUUUGUGAAGUCCGAAACCAAGACUCCGGGUGGGCUGUUGGCCCGACCCGUUCUCACCAGCUACUACAAGAGUGAGCACUUCAAGACCCGACCCUAUGACCCGUACAAUGUCUACACAAGCCCCAAUGAGGCAAUCCUAUGCCCGGAUUCAUUCCAAAGCAUGUACACCCAAAUGCUAUGUGGCCUUAUCCAACGCAACCAAGUCCUCCGUCUUGGUGCAGUCUUCGCCUCGGGUCUCCUCCGUGCCAUCCGCUUUCUCCAACUCAAUUGGACCCAACUUGUCCAAGACCUCAAAACCGGGACCCUCAACCCGAAAAUUACCGACCCGGCUCUAAAAGAAACCAUGACCCGUAUCCUGAAACCCGACCCAGAAAUGUCCAAUUUUAUUACCAAGGAGUGCUCAAAGGAAGAUUGGGAGGGAAUUUUAACUAGGAUUUGGCCUAACACAAAGUACUUGGAUGUGAUUGUUACUGGAGCUAUGGCACAGUAUAUUCCAACGUUGGAUCACUAUAGUGGUGGAUUGCCACUCGCUUGUACUAUGUAUGCCUCCUCGGAGUGUUACUUUGGUCUAAACCUAAACCCCAUGUGUAAACCUUCCGAAGUGUCUUAUACCAUAAUGCCAAACAUGGCCUACUUCGAGUUUCUGCCUCACGAUCCUAACUCGGCCAGUUGGACAACUCGUGACUCACCUCCAAAACUUGUUGACCUUGUUGAUGUAGAAGUUGGGAAAGAGUAUGAGCUCGUGAUCAGUACCUACGCAGGACUCUGCAGGUACCGAGUUGGUGACAUCCUCCGAGUCACCGGGUUCCACAACUCGGCCCCACAGUUCCACUUCGUGAGGAGGAAGAACGUGUUGUUGAGUAUUGACUCAGACAAGACUGACGAGGCCGAGUUACAGAAAGCUGUGGAGAAUGCGUUGCAGCUGUUGAAAGAGUUCAACACCAGUGUCGUUGAGUACACGAGCUACGCUGAUACGAAGACGAUUCCUGGUCACUACGUGAUAUAUUGGGAGCUUUUGGUUAAGGACUCGGCUAACUCGCCAAGUGAGGAAGUACUAAGUCAGUGCUGUUUGGCGAUGGAGGAAUCGCUUAACUCAGUGUACAGACAAGGCCGAGUUGCUGACAACUCAAUUGGACCGCUUGAGAUACGUGUGGUUAAAAACGGUACGUUUGAGGAGUUAAUGGAUUAUGCAAUUUCAAGAGGGGCCUCUAUCAACCAGUAUAAGGUGCCGAGGUGUGUGAAUUUUACACCCAUAAUGGAGCUUUUGGAUUCUAGGGUCGUCUCAACACAUUUUAGUCCGGCCUUACCACAUUGGACCCCAGAAAGAAAACGCUAAAACCGACCCAAUCUGACUUAAUCCGAAUACAAGUCAAUGGGAUGCUCAUAUUAGAUUCUCGUGUUAUUUCUUAUAGUUAAUUAUUUAGUUUUUUCUUUUUUUUUGGGGGUCUGUUGCAUAAUGAGUAGGUUCUGUGGAAAGUUGAAAAGGAAAAGUGACUGUGGGAUUAGGAUGUUUCAGGGGGUCAGUUUUUGUAUUAUGGUUCAAUUAACUUAUGGAAAGGAUGUUACAUUUGAAAA